CCCCUCCUUCUUCCCUCCUUCUCGACAACCACCCUCAGCCUCACUAACCCAUCCAGCACAAUGGCCGCUGAAGCCCCCGCGAGAACCGGUCUGGCCGUCGGCCUCAACAAGGGCCACAAAACCACCCCCCGUGUCGUCAAGCCCCGUGUCUCCCGGACCAAGGGUCACCUGAGCAAGCGCACCGCUUUCGUCCGUGAGGUCGUCAAGGAGGUUGCUGGUCUUGCCCCCUACGAGCGCCGAGUCAUUGAGUUGCUCCGAAACAGCAAGGACAAGCGUGCCCGUAAGCUCGCCAAGAAGAGACUCGGUACCUUCGGCCGUGCCAAGAAGAAGGUCGACGAGCUCCAGCGCGUCAUCGCCGAGGCUCGCCGCGCGGGUCACUAA